CGCGGUCUCCCUUGGCGACGGGGAUACACAGCGGAGGGUGCAAAAUGGCGACCCUCCCAGGCGAGGAGGAAGCGGAGUCGUCGGGGGACUUGGCUGGGCUACAGCUGGAGGCGAUCAUCGGCUUCAACGGGCAUGUUCCUUGUGGCCUCAUCUGCCACCCAGAUCGGGAGCACCUCAUCUAUCCUCUGGGCUGCACAGUCAUUGUCCAAGGCAUAAACAUUCGCACUCAAAAUUUUUUACAUGGCCAUACCAACAAUGUCUCCUGUGUCACUAUUUCUUCAAGUGGAUCCUAUGUGGCUUCUGGUCAGAUCACAUUCAUGGGCUUCAAGGCUGAUAUCAUUUUAUGGGAUUACAAGAAAAAAGAGAUGUUGGCUCGGUUGUCACUUCACAAGGGUAAAAUUGAAAAUCUCGCUUUUUCUCCAAAUGACCUUUACUUAGUAUCACUUGGAGGUCAGGAUGAUGGAAGCAUAGUAGUGUGGAGUGUCCUGAAGAAAGAGGCCAUCUGUGGCAGUCCUGCUGCUGCGCGUAGUGCUGGCAACCCAACCACACUGGUCUACUCCAACUGCCGGGAUGAGAUGUUCAUUAGUGCUGGAAACGGAACCAUUCGAGUGUGGGAAUUGGACUUACCCAACAGGAAAAUCAGGCCAACUGAGUGCCAAACAGGGCAGCUGAAAAGAAUAGUUACUUGUAUGAUGAUGAUGGAUGAUGACAAGUAUUUCUAUAUUGGCACAUCUACUGGUGAUGUCCUGAAAAUCAAUACAGAAAGCACAUUGAUGAGUGACUAUGGUCCAGCGAAGGAGAAAUUCAGCCUGGGAGUCACAGCUUUGCUUUUGCUGAAGACAGGUGACUUAGUUAUCGGCACGGGUACUGGAAUUGUAGCUCACUGCUCAGGAUCCAACUACAAAGUAAAAAAGAAAGUUCAGUUACAAGGUGCCAUCACAUCCAUCACACCAAGAGGGCAGGGACACCAGUUUUUUGUGGGCACGGAGGAGGCACAUAUUUACCGAUUUUCAUAUUCGGACUUCAAAGAUGAGCUCAUAGUCACUUGCCAUAACGAGGCCAUCCACGAUAUCAUUUUCCCAUAUGGUACAUCAGACUUGUUUGCCACCUGUUCCAAGAGUGACAUCCGUGUAUGGUAUACACCUGAAAAUAGGGAGCUGCUACGAAUAACAAUCCCCAACAUGACCUGCCAUGCCAUAGAUUUCAUGAGGGAUGGCAAGAGUAUCAUUUCAGCUUGGAAUGAUGGGAAGAUUCGUGCUUUUACCCCAGAAACUGGGCAGCUAAUGUAUGCAAUAGAACAUGCUCAUAGCAUGGGUGUGACAGCUGUGACCACCACAAGUGAUUGCAAAAGAAUCAUCAGUGGAGGAGGUGAAGGACAGGUGAGAGUAUGGGAGGUCGGCAAAGAAACACGUAAACUAGAGGAGGUAAUGAAGGAGCACAUUUCUGCUAUUUCAUGUAUCAAGAUCAAGAAGAAUAACCAGGAGUGUGUCACAGCUAGCAUUGAUGGAACAUGCAUUAUCUGGGAUCUUGUCCGCUUCAUGAGGCGUCAGAUGAUCUUGGCCAACACGUUGUUCAAAUGUGUGUGUUAUCAUCCUGAUGAACACCAGCUUAUCACAAGUGGCACAGAUCGGAAGAUUGGUUACUGGGAGGUGUUUGAUGGAUCCCCAAUUAGAGACUUGGAAGGCUCCCUGUCUGGCUCAAUCAAUGGGAUGGAUAUUACUUCAGAUGGAACUUACUUUGUCACAGGAGGUGACGACCACCUAGUAAAAGUAUGGGAUUACAAUGAAGGCGAAGUAACUUUUGUUGGUGUUGGCCACAGUGGCAGCAUCACCCGCCUGAAGAUCUGUCCUAACAACAAAUACAUUGUGAGCGUGAGUGCUGAUGGGGCCAUCCUUCGCUGGAAAUACCCUCAUGUGCACUGAAACCUCAAGUCACCACUGCUGCUGCCACUUUUUUAAAAAAAAAUUCUCUUUUUAAAAUGCUGGACACUGAUUUUAAGGCUUAGAAAAGUUGGCUGCUCUUAAGAGAAAUACUUUGUUGUUGUUUUUAUAGUCAUUCUAAAAUAAUUAGAACUUUCUGAUACUGUUGGCCAUAGAGCCAAGUGACCACUGUUUCUAAUAGUUUCAGUUGGUGCUUAGUCACAUGGUAUUGUGCGUCUUGUUUCUGACACUUAUAUGUUUUUCUAUUUGUGCUGUACUCUGUUUGAUCUAUCAGUUGAAAUAUGUUGUCACAUCUCCUUUCUUCACAAUGAAUUCUGUGCUGUGCAAA